UCCGACUGGUGUUGUGACGUUAUCCGCUUGAGCCGCGGCCGGGACCCGGAUGUGAUGGAGAUUCUAAUAGGGGAUCCCAUUACCACAUGUCUUUCUCCCUCCGUAUACGACAUGAUUUGUAAACUUGGGUUUGAAUUCAAAGAAAAUUGUAAUAUCCAUAGCAUUGUGGCUCAAAAUGGUGAAGUAUGUUGGAAAACAAUCACAAAAUGUGUGAGCUAUACAGAUCCAGACCAGAGUCUCAAUUACUGGGAAAGCGUGAAGCGGCUGGGCCCUGUGUGUGAAGCCAUCCAUCUGCAUGUCUUAUCUCUGAACAAGGAGCAGUUUGAAAUUCAGUAUUCGCCAUGGUUCCAGUGGACCAGUUUUCCAGAGCUAUUUCCUGAAGUGUUUGAAGCACUGGGAAGCCUGCACUCUGCUGCUAUUUCUCUGAGCUUAAUGAAGCUGACAUCGUGUCUAGAGCGAGCUUUAGGUGAUGCAUUUUUGCUGAUUGGGAAGGAAUGCCCCUUUCUUUUAAGAGAUCUACUUGCGUCUGAGGCACUUGCUUGCAUCUUUGGGCAGCCUGUGAUGGAUGUGCUCAAGGUCUUCAUUGGCUCGCCCCGUGGACUCAACCUGAGGAAUAUUCUAUGGCAUGGGUUUGCAUCACCUCAAGAAAUUCCUCCAAAAUACUGUUCAACGCUGCUGUUGUUCACAGCUGGAUUGGGUCAGUUACUUGAGAGUUAUUGUCAACAAACUAAAGUCUCAUUGGCUCAUCGAUCUUUUGUAACUCUUACAAACUUAGAAGAGUUAAUUGUUUUUCCUGAUAUCACUCAUACGGUACUUUCGGUAUUAGAAGAACUGAUGAUGAAAUCUGCCUUUAUAUUAAAAAUCAUGUUGCCAUAUUGGGAAAUUGCACUGAUAAAGUUCAAAGCACACAGGUUUGCUGACUGCACCAUGUUGUUACUGACACAGCUGGAGGCGGGGCUUAGAAGAGUUUUUGCGGCAGUUAACAAAUGUCCAGACACACUCUUGACCGCGGAGUCAACAACUCUUUAUACUACCUUGGAUGAAAUACUGGCCAAACACUUGACUGAUGGUAAAAUCAACCAGCUGCCAGUUUUACUUGGAGAGCCUGCUAUGGAAUUCCUCUGGGAUUUCCUGAACCAUCAGGAGGGUCCCCGUAUUCGUGACCACUUAAGCCACGGGGAAGUCAACUUACCUGAGUUUCCAGAGGAGGCAGCGAGCCAGUUGCUUGCAUUUUCUGUUGUGCUGCUAUUGCGAUUCUCUGAUGCAGCAGUGCUGUCCGCCGUGAAGGAGGAGGCAGCAGUAAGGCUGCUGCUGAGGAUUGCCGAGGACUACCAUUCUCGCUGCCAUCCAGCGUUUCAGCUCAAAAAGCAGGUGCUGAGCUGUGAGGAGAGCGUCAGGAAGUGGCCUCUGCUGCCUUGGCCAGAAGAACCCUGUCAGGAAGCAGCCAGGUUGGAAGAUACUGAAACAAAUGCCUGCUACUCCUUAAUUACAAAAAUUUUGCAUGAGCUCUGUCACCAUGUGCCUGAGAAUCAUCGUGUUCUCAGUGUCUUCGAUGACCAUCCUGCUGAGGAGUGGUCCCUGCUGCUCGGUGCGCUCUGCAGCACACAGGUCUCCAUGCUUUUCUGCCCCAGGGCUGUGCUCGAAGUGCUGGCUGUGCUCCGCAGUGUCGCCUCCCACUGCCAGCAGGUAUCCCGCCAGGUGGCCAGCUCCUUGCAACUGAGGCACCGGCAGUGGGAGGAGCGGAGGCUGCACUCCCGGCAGAGACAGAACUACCUGAGCAUGCGUGCCAGUGUUAGGCUUCUGUCUCCUGCGCUUUACCUGAUCUUGUUGCUCGUUGCACUAGAAUUGGUCAGCGUUCAUUCUGUCCAUGGAAAAAAUACUUGUGAAUAUCAGCAGUAUCUGAAGUUCUGUAAGUCAGUCUUGCAAUAUUCUGAGAACCUUGAGGCCUACACCAGACCGGAGAAGAACAAAUGGAGAGAAACCAUCGGUCUUACACAUGCAGCUUUGAUGAAAAUUUGGACUUUUACUGAGAAGAAACAAAUGUUAAUACAUUUAUCCAAGAAAUCCACAAGUAAAGCAAUCUUAUGAAAACACUUAUAAAGUCAAGAUGUUUGGAUUGUAACAGAAGCUGAGACAGAUUUUAAGAGCUUGUAAACUGACUGUCCAAUGGGGGUGUAGAUUUGAAGGUCAAGUUGUGUUUGUGCAGCUCUCUGCUGCACUCUCCUGAGCAGCCAUUCUGGCUGGCCUCUGUGGUAGCCAGGUCCCUGAAACACGUUUUGGCUCCCUGUCCUCGUAACAUCGGUGAAGGAAGGUUCCAGCUGUUUCUCACCCAGCCAGGUACAUAGAAAGCUCCUGUUGCUGAUGCCAGCUCCUCAGAAAUCACUGUGGCCAGUGGUUGUGCCGGACCAGCCUCUGGGACAGGGCGGGUAGAUUUGGUGGAGGUUGCACAGGGAUGCGUGAUGUACACACGGGAGCCAGGUCCUUGGCAUGCUGCCUCAGGGACGCAUGACUGCCACGCACAUGAUGCCAGGCGCUGUUCCCUCAGGAUGCAAGACCUGUGCGUGGUGUCUGCAUUAGGAGCCCAUGACUUACAUGUGGUGCUGGGUCUUCAGUGCACUGGCUUGGGGGCGGAUGAGACGCACGUGAUGCCUGGUCCUCAGGGAUGGUGCCCACGCACAGGACGCCAUGAUCGGUGCCGCCUGCCUCCCAUUUCUUCACCCGGUGGCAUAGGCUGCGCCCAUGCAGUAUGUUGUCCUUGGUGUAUUCCGGUGGAGGUGCAAUAAUGCCUUUGCUCCCAUCAUGUGGCGUGAAGCCACAUUUGAAAGGAAAGGGCUACUUUUUGGCUAAACGAUGUCUCCCCCUUGUGUCCCCCAACUAAGGUGUGAUUUGGUGUCCAAACCACUUAAAUGUUCUUUCCAUCACACACUCCCAUUUUAGCAGCUGAUUCUGAUUCUUGCCUGAGCCUUAUUUGUUAGUUACUAGCUGAUUUUCUGUUGUUAGUAUGAGGGCUGCAACAUUGUGAUUUUCCUCUGAAGAAGACAGUUUCCAGCACAAUUAGCACAUUAAUUAGUGUUUCCUGCCAGAAAUGAAGCCUGUCACCCAACACAUCUGAUAAGCACUGUGCGGGUGGCUUGUGGGGGAGGCCAAGCAUUCCGACUUUGCGCAGGACCCGGACUUGCUUGCUUUGGAGCUCAUUGGAAGAUAAGCCAGCUGAGCUGUGUGCUGGUUCAUCUUACACUAACACUGUUGGGUGCGCUAUGCGCCAGGCCCUCGACCGUCACUGAACGCACAGAUAAGGCCUGACCUGACUUUAGACCACAGCCCUGCUGUCCACGUCUGGCUAGGUCUUCAGAGGAAACGGUGGUCAGAAACCAGUUGUGCUGGCACCGAGGUACAGUCCCCGCACCAGGAAGCUUUCACGGCUGGAGCCACAUACUGAGAUCCUGUGUGAAAAAGAAGUGAGAGGAAAACUUAGGCAGACAAUGAGCCUGAGCCAUCUGCGCUCGCCCUCCUCAGCCUGUGCCCCGAGCUCCCUCCUCUGGGUUUUCCCCGAAGUGGGUCCUUUCAGCAGAUCCUCACAUCUCUGCCACUUACAGCCCCAGGACACUGGCUGCUCAAGGAGCCAGCUGUGCAGGAAGUGGUAGCACAAGGUAAGCCUGGGGUAGUCCCAGGCCCACGGGCUAGCCACACCCUGGCAGAGCUUGUGGCAUCAUGGUUUACUAGGUUCACAGCUUGCUAACUCCUGGCAGUCAGCAAAGCGCUGGUAAAGACAGCAGCUAGCUGGCUAGACUGAUGUCGGAUACAGUGAGGCAGUGCUUGGGAACGCUUCCCUGGUCCCUCAGAGACCUGUAAAUGCUAGCUCUUACCGGACGGUCACAUAUGCUGCAAAGAAAUUACUCGGAUCUCCGGAGUAUGUCCAGAGGAUGCUGGUUUCUCUCACAGAAGCAACCGAAUUACCUUUGUGCACCUUUGACUUGUCUGAGCUCCUGCACAGCUUUGGUCGGGGAGCAGCAGCCAGUCCUGUGUCCUCACCUCAGGUCCAGGCCAGCGCAGCUAGUGGUUCUGCUGAGGAGUGCCUGUUGAGCCAUGGCUGCGCACCCCUGGUGCCUGGCAGUCCUGCUGUCUGCUCACACCUGAAUCAGGCAGGUGCCGGGUGUCUGCAACUGGUACGUCUGCGUGUAGCUGUCGGGACACAGCCGUCAGUGGAAAUGGGUCCCCGGCUAAGCAGAGUGCUGCUGGGGGCUCAUGCACAUUGGCUUUUUUUUUACCAGUUUGGAGAAGC